ACAUGGAUAGAGAAAGAAAGAUAAAAGAAAAAUCUGUAAAGUUAGAUAAAGAUGGAAAGUAAUGUAAGCAAGUAAUGUAAGAAAGGAAGAAAGAAAGGAGAGAGACGCGCGCGUGCUCGAGACGCCUUCAUCACGGGGCGUAUCCCAAGAAUUGUAAGAUCAAGUGAGAAAAAGAGAGAGGGAGAUACGGUGAGAGUGAGAAGAAAGAAGUUCACUGUGCAUGUGUGCGUGAGAAAGAAAGAAAGAGAGAGAAAGAAAGACGGAGCAUCGAACUCGAUUUGACAAUCGGAUGGACGAAGAGGAUCGACUUUGUGCGAGAGUUUCAUCGCGAUGAGACGCUACGAAGUUUUAUUACUUACUCGCGAUAAGAAUUUCAAUUGGUGCAAUUAAAUACAAUUUUUCUUUCUUUUUUGUGUGUUUUUUUUUGAGGUUAUCUUUCUUAUUUUUUAUUUUUUUUUUUUUUUUAAUAAGUGAGUGAGUGAUAUCUUUUUCCCCCUCGAGUGUUUAAUUAUUCGACGUUCUUUAUCAAGGAUUAUUUUCAUUCGUUUGCCAAUGUGUAACUCAGCGGACGCUUCGUACGUACAAAAGUUAGGUUAUCUUCAGUUGGGAGAUGAUAGUUCGGACGUUAUUGGUACUAGUGGUGGAGGAGGAGGAGGAGGUGGUGGUGGAUCAUCCACCAGGGCACUGUCAGGUUCAAAACCUGAAGGACAAGUGCCUGUUACAAGGAAUAUUAAUGCCAGAAAUGAAAUCAGGAAUCAAGGUAGACCUGUAGGUGCUAUCGAAAGCUUCAUAGAAGGUAAUUCUGUUGAUAACGCUAGACAAACUAUUACUAAUGAUUAUAAGCUUUACGAAAGGGAGAAUAUUAUUGCUGCUUCGAGGUUUGCCACUCCUAAACCUGUUGAACAAAUCAGCGCUCAGCAACAGCAACAACAGCAGCAAGCUCAGGGACGAGUUAAUAAUCAGUCAGCACCUGUUUAUGAGAACAUAGACUACUAUCCGCAACAGAGUCAACCGUUGCCUCCUUAUUAUCAUCCCGUUGAGUCUAGGAAAAGUCCAAGGGAUAGUCCUAGGGGUUCACUCGCUGGUGAACCAUACGAAGCUAAUUUUAGAAAAGCGCAACCUCAGGUACCAACCGGUAGUCGUUAUCAAACAUCAUCGCCUGCUAAAGAACUGCCACCUUACGAAGCUCCCCCUGUGUAUGAAAAUAUACAGGAGGUUCAUUAUACGGAUAAUACGCAGAAUAAACCUGGACCGCAAGUACCAUCUAAUUAUUAUCAUCCUGCUAAUAUCAAUGGAGGUGAUUAUGUUAUUAUGACUGGAAAAGUUGGACAAGGACAAGCCCAACGAGGUAUUCCUCAAAGUUUAUCGUAUACACAGCAGAGAGGAAUAAAUUCUAGGGGACAGAGUUAUGAUGGGUCCUGUUUGCAACGUACUACUGUUGAAUGUCCAUCCAGAUAUUUACAAGGAUCUAAUACGGAUCAUCAGUCUGGUAGAAGCGCUUAUGUACCACCUUCGGAGUUACAUACUCCAACUAGAAACUUUAGUUACGAUCAACAGCAGCAACAACAACAACAGCAGCAGCAACAACAACAACAACAACAGCAACAACAACAGCAAUCUUCUCGAUCAGGAUUACCUUAUCACAGCGAAUCACCUCCAAUACGAUUGCCACCAGAACCUCAUCAUUAUCGCAGUUCUAUGGAUAAUAGUGUAACUGGACAACAACCAUAUCGCACAUCUCAUCAAAAUGAUAUGCAACAGACGCAAUAUCGUCAAGAUUCACAAGUUUACAAACAAUUUGUAGAACCAUCUACAAGAAACAUGAAUCCAAAUUACAAUACGGAAAGUCAAACUAGAAAUUCUCCAGUUUACGGCAGUCGUUCUGAACAACAAUCUUGCAGAAAUUCUCCGUGUUAUUCGCCUAGUCGUACAAUACCACCGAACGAUAGGAAUUAUCAUCAGCAAGAGUCGAGAUCCGAUUUUCCUGCUAGAAAUUCACCGAUCUAUUCGUCCAAUCGUUCAGCUGAACAAUUACGAUUAGGUUCCUUGCAAAACGAUAGGAAUUUUACACAAGAUUCCACGGAAUCUUCUGGUCCAAGGAGUUCACCUUUAUAUUCACCAAGUCGUGCUGAUCCUGGUAGAGUUAUUACACCAAAUAGUAAUAGUAUCCGUAAUUCACCAAAAGCCAGUCCAACUCAUAGUCAAAUUCAAAACGAUGUCGGCCUACAAAACAUUACAAAUUCUCCUAGACACAUUUCACCUCCUUCUUCAGCAAAUGCUGUGGGAAGUCCUGUACGUGUACAAGUGCAAACACCAGUGACCAGUACCGUGACUUUAUCAAAUGAUUCUGAUUCCACCGUUAAUGUACCUAGAAUAACGAGUCUACCACCAGGUGUUACCAGUGGUAUUGCUGGUCCUGUAUUUUUGAAUGCCGGUGUACCCGUAUUACAAAGAUCUUCAGAACCCGAACCAGAAGAAAGAAAGUUGGUUAGUCCUCCGAUAAAACCUGCACCUGGUAAAGGACUGUUACCCUAUAACAUCAUUCCACCAAGACCAUCGGGUCCUACGGAAGCGGAAAGGAAGAUAGAAGAAUUGACGAGACAACUCGAGGAGGAGAUGGAAAAACAAGAAGAGGAAGGAGAAUAUUUUGGUAUUUGUCAUACGUGCGGUGAAAAGGUGACAGGUGCUGGACAAGCCUGUCAGGCUAUGGGUAAUCUUUAUCAUACCAAUUGUUUUAUUUGUUGUUCCUGUGGAAGAGCAUUACGCGGUAAAGCAUUUUACAACGUUCACGGAAGAGUUUAUUGCGAGGAAGAUUAUUUGUAUUCCGGCUUCCAACAGACGGCCGAGAAAUGUGCUAUUUGUGGUCAUCUUAUUAUGGAAAUGAUCUUACAAGCUAUGGGUAAAUCCUAUCAUCCAGGGUGCUUUAGAUGUUGCGUAUGCAACGAAUGUCUCGAUGGUGUUCCUUUUACGGUAGACGUAGAUAAUAAAAUCUAUUGCGUUAACGAUUACCAUAGAAUGUUUGCACCAAAAUGUGCAUCUUGUGGGAAAGGCAUUACCCCAGUUGAGGGUACCGAAGAAACAGUUAGAGUUGUUUCAAUGGACAAAGACUUUCACGUGGAUUGUUACGUCUGCGAGGAUUGCGGAAUGCAAUUGACUGAUGAACCCGAUAAAAGGUGCUACCCACUCGAUGGAAGGCUCAUGUGUCGUGCUUGUCACAUCCAACGUAUAUCUCAUACACAACCAAGAGCACCACAGCCGGUAUCUGCCAGUUAUCAAUUCAUGGGAUAAAAUAUUAUAUACAUACAUACAUCAUACAUACAUAUAUACAUACAUACAUACAUAAAUCAAUAUGUGUAUGCUUGUACGUGCUAGUGCGCAAUUAGACGCGCAUUUGCUUAUAUUAGAUCAUUUUUUUCUUUUUUUUUUUUUUUGUUUGUUAAUUAAUUCGCGCACAUAACAACAGCCAUCCUAUUAUGAAUAACACUAUUGUGCGUAAAUUGUGCUUAGAAUUUCUAGUGAAAAAUAUUUAAACGAAAAAGAAAAAAAAACAAAAUAAUUAUUAAUAAUAA